UAGCAACCGGCUGGGUGACAGGCUCCACGGCCCACCAGCUCUUUCCCGACCUCCGCUGCAGCCCGGCCUGGCCAGGGCGAAGACCAAGCGGACGGUGUGUGUCCCCGCCCAUGCUGCAGAAGGAUGGAUGGCAGCCGGAGAGAGGCAAAGGCUCAAGCUUGGUCUUUGAAGUCCGACGUCGGCCCCCAGUCAGGCGCCGCUGCUUCCACAGAAACGACCCUCCGUUUCCUCAUCUUGACCUAGGGGUCAAGUACCCAUGCCAUAGAGUUCCUGAGGGUUAAAUGCAGAUAAUACGAAGUAAGCUCCUGGCACAUUUUAAGGAGUUAGUGUGUGAGAAUCGCCCAGUCACAGCCUCCACCGACCGUCGCAGAGCUACUUUGAUGCUCAACCUUCUGAAUGGUGGUGUAGCAGAAAGCAUACCAGCUUGAAAAACAAUAGGUCUUGUUUAUCAUUUUUGUUUGAUAUUAACUAAUGAGUUAAAGCAACUUCUGUCCUUCCCAGAUACAGUCCAUCAUGCCUAUUUACAGGACACUUGAGCACCAAGAGCAAUGCUUUUUGCACUGACUCCUCUUCUCUCAGACUAACCACUCUCCAGCUGGUCAAGAACCACAUGGCUGUUCACUAUAAUAAAAUCCUUUCAGCCAAAGCUGCAGUAGACUGCUCAGUUCCAGUAAGCAUGAAUACCAGCAUCAAAUAUGCAGACCAACAACGAAGAGAGAAACUGAAAAAGGAAUUGGCACAAUAUGAAAAGGAGUUCAAAUUGAAUAAAUCUGUCAUGCAGGGCAAUUCCAAAAUGAAUUCCAAGUCACUUUUUCGCUCCCUACAAAAGCCCUCAGGGGAACCGAAAAACCAGGAUGUGUUAAUAGAAGUGAACAGAUUUCCAUCAUUUUCGAAGUCACUAAUCUCUUCUUCAAAUGGAUUAUACGUAAGUCAACCUAAAGCAGAUAACAUCGUCAUGAAUAGCAUUGAGAACUCCAGCGCCUCUCCAUCCAUCAUAGAUUAUGCAGCCUCUGGACCCAGGAACCUGAGCUCUGGACCUGGGUGUGACAGGAAACCCAAGAGCUCAUAUCCCAGCACCCACCGUUUUCAGCUAGUCAUUUCCAAAGCAUCCAGUGGGGAUCUUUUGGAAAAACAUUCUGACCUCUUUUCUAACAAGCAAUUGCCAUUCACUCCACGAACUUUGAAAACAGAAGCAAAAUCUUUCUUAUCACAGUAUCGCUACUACACACCUGCCAGAAGAAAAAAGAAUUUUCCAGAUCAGCAGAUAGACGCUGAAACCCAGACUGAAUUAAGCAGCUUUCAUUCUAAUUUUUGGGCAGCUGAGACAAAGAACUUGACAGAUUCGGACAUGAACACAGAACAGAGAUCUAAUUGUAUGACGAAUGGUACUGAAAUCAGAGUAUCUCCACUACCCUUGGAAGGCCUUAACUUACCACAGGACAAGAUUAAAGACAGGGCUCUGCAGCAGUCCUCACAAAGGAUACUCUAUGAGUUCUCCACGCAGCUUUCUUCGGACAAUAAAAUCUACUCUGAUGAAGAAGACCUGCUGUACCUGAACUUCAUCCAGGAUGUAACAGAUGAAAUUCUGAAACUUGGUUUAUUUUCCAACAGGUUUUUAGAACGACUUUUUGAGCGACAUAUAAAACAAAAUAAACAUCAUUUGGAGGAGGAAAAAAUGCGCCGCCUGCUGCAUGGUCUGAAAGUUGACUUAGGCUGCACAUCUGAGGAAAAUCCAGCAAAGCAAAACAAUGACAGAAUGUCGAAUUUACCUGAUUUUCAGAAGGCUCUGAAUUCAAACCAAAGUGAAUUAAACAGUAUCCUUCAACUGGAAUGUCAGCAAUACCAAGAGGCUCUGGACAUGUCGUCUAUGCCAAAGGAUGACAAGAUGUUCUCCUUACCAGGCGAGUUUCUGAGGUCCAGCCAUAAGCACAAGUGUUCAGAAGACGUUACAGUUAAUCAGGUGAAUGACGAGACAGAUCUUGAAGUUUCAACCUGGGAUGAAAAUAAUCCAGGUAUUUCCAACAGCUUGAUGGACCAGGAAACCUCUGUGGACAUCGUUGAAUGUGAUAGUGACACCAAAAAGCUUGAGGCAUCCAGGGAGUUAUGUUGUCUCAGCACAUCCCCGUCCCUUCAGUACCCAAGCAUCAAAGGUGGCAUUAAUCAUGGCAAGGAAUUAUCAACUCUCAGAAUCAUGGAAAUGAGCACUGAAGGCUGACCAUUGGAUCUUCAUUAAUAAAUACUCCACAUGGCCAGUAACGCAUUAUCACUUUUCUUUUCCCUCCUACAUGUUAAGAUUUCUGUAUUUUCAGUGCUACAUAAUAAAUUACCAUAAAUUUA